AUUCAAUGGCAUUCUUCCAAAGUGCAAAGAAAAGUUUGAUACAUAAUUAUAGUAUUCAGAUUAAGAGGAAGAAGACAUGGAAGGUUUGAUUCCAUAUCUGGUCCAUGCCAUCAAGAAGCAGAAGCCUCAACACAGCUACCGGAGCUUCUCCGAGGGCUCAACCCGUAGCUACCAUUUGUUGUUGAACACGGCUGCAGCCGACUCGCUCAGUGGCUCGUCCCACCGGCGAACCCGGUCGGAGUUCCAGCCGCCGAACAUGGAGUUCGUGGAGCAAAGAUCUGGGGUUGAACAAUUUGUCCGCUCCUACAGCUCCAACAAGACUUCUACACCAACUAUUUCUUCAAAGAUGGCUUCAUAUUCCACCGGCCAAGUCCCCAUCAACGCUAAUCUUCGUCGACGGUGAAAAUUGAAAAAGCUUUUUCUUUUUUUUUUUGGGUUUCUUUCUUUGAAAUUGUUAAAUUUGUCGAUUGAAUUUAUUUAUAUCGUGUUUCUGUUGGGUAAAAAUGGGUGGAGGUGAUCAUCGAAAUGAUGGCUUCUCCGUCCAUUGUAAUGUUUGUGUUGAAGCUUUGUAAUGGAAAUUGUAUAUGUGAUUGAUUACAUUUACCUACUCGUUCGAUUAAAUUUUGGUUUUUGUCU